AGCUCUGGGGAGACUCAAACUGGAUUCCAUAGGGAAAGCCUGCAAAUCACUUCUAUUUUAGCGAGGAGAAAACAGAAUCUCCAUCCAGCGGGGUCCACCCCUCUCUCUUUCCCUCUCCUCUCUUUCUGUCUCUCUUUCCCUCCCCCUCCUUCCUCUUUCCCCCCUCUCUCCCCUUCCUUCCCCCCCCCUCCCACCCUCUGGUGUAUCUGUCUACGGCAACCAGCGUCCUCCUGAUCUGCACGCACUGAAAGGAAAGAAACAUCUUUGGAUGGGAGAGAAGGAGGAAAAAAAAAAGAGAGAGAGAGAGAGAGCGCGAGGAAAAAACUUGCCUGGUGGUGGAAAAUGACACUUGAAGUAGCAGAGCCGGCAGCGCGAGUUGAGUCUAUUGUUUCUUAAAUUGCCAGCAGGGUUUUUUUUUUUUUUUUUUUUUUUCUUCCUGCCUCUUCAAGUGAAGGGUACCUCUACAAAAGGAAACUCCAGCCCCUCCUGUCCUCCACCCGCCUGUGAUCACUACAAAAAAAAAAAAAAGAGCAAAAAAAAAAAAGCAAAAAAAAAAAAAGCACCCAAACCAAAAACCAACCAACCAAACAACCCCCAACAGCCAAGCAUACAUCUCUAAUUUUUUUUUAAAUUGGUCUUUUCGUUGGAUUUUCCCUUCUUUUUCUUCUCCCCACCCCCGAGUUAUCGCUCAAUUUUAAGGGGUUUACUUUUUUUUUUUUUUUUUUUUUGGAAAAAAAAAAUCAGCUUUGCAGCCUGCCUUGGUCUUCUAAAGCGCGAGUUCAUCGACUCAGAAAGAAAAAAAAAAUCUCUGGUUGGCGUUUCUCUUGCCUUUUUUUUUUUUUUUUUAAUAUUUUCAAGGGGGAGGAGAUUUUUCCACAAGAAAAGGUUGUUUUCAUGUUUGGGAUUCAGGAAAGCAUCCAACGGAGUGGGAGCAGCAUGAAGGAAGAGCCGCUGGGCAGCGGCAUGAACGCGGUGCGGACGUGGAUGCAGGGCGCCGGGGUGCUGGACGCCACCACGGCCGCGCAGAGCGGGGUGGGUCUGGCCCGGGCUCACUUCGAGAAGCAACCACCUUCCAACCUGCGGAAAUCCAACUUCUUCCACUUCGUCCUGGCCCUCUACGACCGGCAGGGCCAGCCCGUGGAGAUCGAGAGGACGGCCUUCGUGGGCUUCGUGGAGAAGGAGAAAGAAGCCAACAGCGAAAAGACCAAUAACGGAAUCCACUACCGGCUGCAGCUGCUCUACAGCAAUGGCAUCCGGACGGAGCAGGAUUUCUACGUGCGCCUCAUCGACUCCAUGACAAAACAAGCCAUAGUAUACGAAGGCCAAGACAAGAACCCUGAAAUGUGCCGAGUUUUACUCACACACGAGAUUAUGUGCAGCCGCUGUUGUGACAAGAAAAGCUGUGGCAACCGAAAUGAGACUCCCUCAGAUCCAGUGAUAAUUGACAGGUUCUUCUUGAAGUUUUUCCUCAAAUGUAACCAAAAUUGCCUAAAGAAUGCAGGAAACCCACGUGACAUGCGGAGAUUCCAGGUCGUGGUAUCUACAACAGUCAACGUGGAUGGCCAUGUCCUGGCCGUCUCUGACAACAUGUUUGUCCACAAUAACUCCAAACAUGGCCGGAGGGCUCGGAGGCUCGAUCCUUCGGAAGGUACGCCCUCUUAUCUGGAACAUGCAGCUACUCCCUGUAUCAAAGCCAUCAGCCCCAGUGAAGGAUGGACGACGGGAGGCGCGACUGUGAUCAUCAUAGGAGACAAUUUCUUUGAUGGGUUGCAGGUCAUCUUCGGCACCAUGCUGGUCUGGAGUGAGUUGAUCACGCCGCACGCCAUCCGCGUGCAGACGCCGCCCCGGCACAUCCCCGGCGUGGUGGAGGUCACCCUGUCCUACAAGUCCAAGCAGUUCUGCAAAGGGACGCCGGGCAGAUUCAUCUACACAGCACUCAAUGAACCCACCAUCGAUUAUGGUUUCCAGAGGUUACAGAAGGUCAUUCCCCGGCACCCUGGAGACCCCGAGCGUUUGCCAAAGGAAGUGAUCCUCAAAAGGGCAGCCGAUCUGGUGGAAGCGUUGUACGGGAUGCCACACAACAACCAGGAAAUCAUCCUGAAGAGAGCGGCCGACAUUGCCGAGGCCCUGUACAGCGUCCCUCGGAAUCACAACCAGCUCCCAGCCCUGGCCAACACCUCGGUCCACGCGGGGAUGAUGGGCGUGAACUCCUUCAGUGGACAGCUGGCCGUGAACGUGUCAGAGGCCUCCCAAGCCACCAAUCAGGGUUUCACCCGUAACUCAAGCAGCGUGUCACCCCACGGGUACGUGCCCAGCACCACCCCGCAGCAGACCAACUACAACUCCGUCACCACAAGCAUGAAUGGGUACGGCUCCGCCGCCAUGUCCAACCUGGGGGGCUCCCCAACCUUCCUCAACGGCUCAGCUGCCAACUCACCCUAUGCCAUUGUGCCAUCCAGCCCCACCAUGGCCUCCUCCACAAGCCUCCCCUCCAACUGCAGCAGCUCCUCGGGCAUCUUCUCCUUCUCACCAGCCAACAUGGUCUCAGCCGUGAAACAGAAGAGUGCGUUUGCGCCCGUCGUCAGACCCCAGACCUCCCCGCCUCCCACCUGCACCAGCACCAACGGGAACAGCCUGCAAGCGAUAUCUGGAAUGAUCGUUCCCCCGAUGUGAAAGAAUUGCCUUGAAGAAUUUUAUUAAUGAAGAGGUUGGAUUCAGAGAUGCGAAGAGAGAAAUCUGACCCAAGUCCCAGAGUGGAACUUUUAACUCAGGCCUUUUUAAGAGGAGUCACAAUAACUGCAGAUUUUUAAACGAACAAAAAUCGCCGACCUUGCAAAUACUGAAAUUGGCAAGGGUCUUGCGAGGGCGGGGGUUGGUUAGAGCUGCCCCUCCCAAGUAUUUGGGGGUGGUCAUAUUUAUUCUGUAUUGAUAAAAAGCAACUCCACUUUUUUUUUCCUUUCCCUCUCUUUUUCAAAAGCUUAACUCUGCAUCAUUGGUCUUUUAUAAACCAUAAAGCUAUACACAAGGGACACUAUAAAUAAGACUCCAUGUUUUAAUUUAUGAUGUUUUUAAAGCUGUGUAAAGGGAGAAUGAGGUGGUGAUAUUUACAAAAAAGUAAAAAAGAAAAAAAAAGAAAAAAGGAAGAAGAAAGAAAGAAAAAAGCUUGUAUGGGACAGUAUAGGAAUGCCAGUUAGAGUUUUUCUAGAAAGCUAAGGGUCGGCUUUUGCGCCUUAAAGCAUAUCCAAUGGUGAUUAGUUCAUACCGCAUUUCAACCUGCCAUCCCUUAGCAGAGCAAGCUUAUUUAUCUCUUUUGUAUCGUUGUCUUAAGUA